AUGCUAUCGACAGAACGCGUUUCGGUAUUUCAACUGGUUACUGGAUUCUUUGGGUUCCUGAAUGCAUUGGUGGCAUCGCUUCAGAAUGCCGAAAAAUCUUCACAUUUGGAUCUCUACAUCAAUACCCACUGGAUCACUACCAUUGUCGUAUUUGCCGGUGCUUCCCGGCUAUUAAUGAUUACCCCUUUACAGAGUUCAUGGCCAGCCGAGAUUUUCUCGUUAAUGCUUCAAGUGCUUUGUUUUUGUAUCACCGCCAAUGCGAUGGUUGCUGAUUUUUGGAAUCUUCGCCUUUUAUCGGCUAUAAAUGGCACUACUAUACCUACGUCAACUACGAUCUCACAUCUACAACUCUAUAGCAGUUUGGAUGCGAUACUUUGUGUAACGGCAGUGCUACUUUCUUCAUAUAUCAUUUAUCAGCAUUUCUUUUCAUCUGCCCAUUUAUAUCAUCAGACCCCUUCGGUGAAGCUGCUUGGAAUGGGAACUGCCUUGGUCAUGCUCGGCGUGAUACGGUUCGCUUGUUAUUUUUGCGAAUUUUUCAAACUGGCUGGACAGGAUCGACUUCGUGCCCUAUUCGCUAACUAUACACUCGAUGAACCAGCAUGGAUUUGUACACAGUUGGCUUUAGGUGUACUCUGCGUUAUAUCUUCAAGAGGUAGCAAACUUCUACGAGCUCUCACCCUGGCCUUGGCUGCUUCCACCCUGAUGCCGUCGGUGUUCUACCUUUGGCUGGACUACAGGUGGUGGGCAUCGUCAAGGCUUUCAUUUGGACUCGUAUCGACCUCGUCGGCUUACUGGCAAGCAGCUGGAGUGGCGAUAUCUCUCUGUAAUGUCGGUGUUGUGACGGCAACUCUGAUACAGCUACUCUCAAUGCACUCAGCAAGCCGAAGAAUAACGUUGGAUGAAAAAACGAAGCGUUUUCUGAUAAUUGUAGCAGCCAUGUUUCUAGUACUUUCUUGUAGUACUAUAUCUCUUGAUAUAUAUACUAUAUGGAAAAAGCUAUUCUACAGGCUUUUCCAUGGAGCCGAACAGAAAACCCCGUUCCUCACCGCCCUCACCGCCAUCUUCACCCUAGCUGCUUCAGGAUCAAAAUUUGCUCCUAUCGCUCUUCCUGCAUGUCUUAUUCUCUCUUUGUAUUCACUGAAUUCGACGAUCUUCCAACUGAUCUCAUACAUGUAUCUCUCAUGGAAUGGCUAUUUCGGUGAUCAGCUUUGCGAGUUGUUCUUUCCCGGGCUCGGUCGCUGCUUCUUGGAGGUCACCAAGACAGAGGCUGCUAUUCACUUCGUCCAGGUAUUACUGGAUUUCUUCGUACUGAUUCUCUCUAGUAUUCUAUGCGGCUGUUCAAUACGGAUAACAACCAUGGCCAAGACUGAGGCUACUGGUAAUCGAAGGCUUGAAUCCCCUAUCAGGUGGCUCGGCGUACUAAUGGCUCUGUGUGGGCUGGCUGUGUUGGUACAGGCUGUCGCUUUCUUCCGAACAUCGACCGAUCUUCAUCCGAUGGUUGUCGUCUACAUGGCGCUUUAUCAUAUGGCCUUAGCCAUCGGACUCAUAGUCUUUCCACUUUACCAGAUUCUGUGUUCCGAAAAGUUGAGCAUACAUCCGCUCAGUCAAACGUCGUUACUCAUCUUGUCGGUGGUACGAUUCGUUGAAAUUCUCAGUCAACUCGAUUACCGUGGAACCGGUGACGACUUGUCCUUUGCUUGGAAAGUGCAUCAAAUUGCCGAUUUUGUCUCCUUAACAAGUCACUUUGCAACUGCGUUGCUUGUGAUUCGACUGAUGGGUAACGAUACCGAGGAAGCUGAUGAGCUUCAGCUUCAAUUCAACAAUCCACUGACCUUGGAAGCAAAUGGCGAUUACUCGCAACUUCGGCCUCAAGAAGACACAUAA